UAAAUAAAAAUAAAUCUGACGUGGAAGGUGAUGUGGUUGCUGACAAGGUCUUUUCUGUCACAAAGUUAAUAACGGUAACAGACUGUUAGCCAUUCGUUUACGCACAACACUAGUUAUGGCUAAUAAUUUGUAUUUUCAUAGUUCUGGUUAUAACUUCCCGUUUCUUAAUAGUUGUGGCUAAUAUAUUGUAUUUAACCCUUUUUUAUAUGUAGUUUUUUAUUUUGUUAAAACCAAGGGAAAUCUCAACAUACACAUUCGUUUUAAAACUACAAAGAACAAGAUUCGUCCGAUCUAUGUAAGUGAUCAUUAGAGUCACCGAGGAAAUACUAUCUUGGUUACCAACCAUGUAAAUUUACAUUAUUCUACGACGGAUCAAAUUUUGGAGCCUUUGCUACGGACUUCUUGUGAUCGUUGAAAAGGAGUAAGAUACUUGUUCUUCUCCUCUUUGUUUUAAAUUUUGUUUAAGAGUUUAUAAUUUUGUUUUGUAUUUAGAGUCUUUAGAUUUUGUGUAUAAUUUUCGUUUUAGUUGUAUUUGUGUUUAUUUUUCUUUUUUGUCCAUAAUUUGUCUCUGUUUGUCUUUUUUUUUCCGAGUUAGUAGUUUAGUUUCAGGGUCCGGGGUCGAACACAAGAGAAGCAAAAUCAGUGGCCAGGGGGCCAAUUUCUAGCAAAAAUUGGUGGGUUGUACGCCAUUUUGGGCGCAACCUGUCACGUGGCAGUUUUUGCAACCCAAGUUAUGUGUAUAAGCCCAGCAUGAACCAGAGGCAAAAAGAACAAAAUUAAGCUCAAAAGGCUUGCUAGGGUCAUGUUCAGCGAAGUGGUACUUCCGAUUCUUCGGAAUCCAAGACAUCACCACCAUCUGUGAAGAGAGCUUCUAAGAAAAAGCAGGUCACAACUCUUUGACUUAACCCUCUCUUGGACAAGUGCUCAGGAGCGAAAAGCAGGUAGUUCCAUUUUGCACCUAAAACUCCUAGAGGCAUGGCUGGACGAACUCUCUACAAGUAGACAAGGCCUCAAGUUGCGAAUAUAGCUUCUUGCAUUAUCCUACCAGCAAUAGAUAUCCCAAAAUUUGAGUUGUGAACUUCUGUAAUCCACAUGGUUCAUAAUGUUGGAUGCUUUAAGGGCCGAGAUAACGAGAACUACGUCAAACACGUCUAAGUGUUUUUGGAGAUAUGUGAUUUUGCACAAGAUCUAGGUGUUGAGCCAGACGCAGUAAGGCUAUGUCUUCUUCAUUUCUCCAUCUGAGGUGAAUCAAAGAGCUGACUAAAUCGCCAACCACCUUUACUUUUCGUACAUGAGAGUCGUUGGUCCAAGCUUUCAUAGAGAAUUCUUCCCUCCGUAGAGAACUGAUAAAAUGGGAGACUGAAUUGCUCGCUUCUAGUAACUUGCUUCUAAAUCUUUGUACAAUGCUUGGGAGCGAUUCAAAGAGCUCAUUAUAUCUUUCCCACACCAUGAUUUUGGGUAGGAGUAGCUUGCAGACAUCUUUGGAAAAGGUCCGAAUCUAAAUAUCAUCGUGAUGGUAAAUCAGGCUGUCGAAGGUGGCGUAAUGAAAAUGAAUGCUCCACGAGCUCUGAAAAACGUAGUGUCUACGAGUGCCAAAAAAGAUCCCAGGGCAGUGGGAUGUGCUCAUGGCCGAGGCAUUGGCUGCUGAGAAGGGAGCAAGAUUGGCUCGUCAGUUUGUGACUAAUAGCCCGGUGCUUGAGACCGACAGCCUUACACUAAAAUCUAGACGCUCCGAGGCAGGGAGUAAUCAGACAGAGUUGGGUAUUUUGUGUCGUAACAUUACCAGCAUUUUAGGAGAGAUAGGAAACGGUGCGUGGUGUUUCACUCCCCGCGAAGGAAACAUGGUUGCUCACAUUAUGACUCAUUUGGAGACUAGAUGAAAUGAGCAGAUUGUUUGGGUAGAUCGACCGCCUAUUUUUUUUUUUUUUUACCAACUUGUAAUGAACAACAUUGCCUCAAAUUCUACUUAAUAUAAUUACCGCAGAUUUCGAUAAAAAAAAAAUCCGUCGCCAUCAUGUCCACCUCCAUAAGCAACUUCAUUGUUGUCAUUAUUUGUGUUUUUUUUAGUGCAACAAUUAAUCCACAUGGAUCGCUUAUGAUUAAUCACUCAUCCUUAAUCAAAGCCCACAUUCCGGCUCCGGCAGAAGCCAGAAAGUGAGAAAAUAGGGGGAACCUAGUGACGUGUCCAAGAUCUUCGUCCGUGUGUUUGGCCCCUAUUCUCCCUUUGUUUCUUUCCCUCAUUUCCCUUUCAUUUUUUUCCUUCGCUCGCUUUUACCCGUUGAGCUGGGCGAGCGAGCGAACCGAUCCCCUCCAUUCUCUGAGCUCCUUUCCUCUCAAUCCGUCUCUUUCCUUUUAUCGUUCCUCUUCAGGUAACUCUGCUGGCCUGUCUGGAUCGGGGUUUUAGGAUUCUGAUCUCUGCUGCUUCGAUUUCUUCGUGUUUCUUUUAUGCAAUUUAUUCGGGAUUUUCUUUUUACUCAAUAGUUCAAUUUCUUUGUUCAUUGAUUUCCCGUUGUUCCAGGGUUUAGCAAUAGAAAUACGGGGUUUUCCUUUGGUGAAGAUGAGUUCUUAUUGAAAUGGAAAUUAAUGGCGAUAAUUGAGAUAAUUUUAUUUAUACAGGUUCAAUUUACUUGGGAUUAAAUGUCUAAAGUUUGAGGCGUUUCUGGGUUUUCUUCUUCUUUGCUUCUGUUUCUGGAAACAUAUGGAAAUCGAUUUUGUAGAUUAUGAGCUGAAAGUUGGUACGAAGUGACGUUUUACAGAACCCGUUUAGGAUUUAGAAUUUUUUGCAUUUUGAUUUGGGUUUUAACCAAGUUUGUAGUAUUUUCAGGUUAAGCCAAUAAGCAAGCUAGGCCGAGAGAGGGAUGAGAUAACUGCCAUGUGGAUGCAUUGCCCACGACCCAGUUCUUGCAACAAGUUAAUGACAUUUCCCUGUCCAGUCUUCUAUCGCCAUUUCAGAAGUUCCUUGGAGAAGUACCAAGCUGCUAUCCCGGAAGUGAGGCAUUACUGAAGGGCCUUCCGUUUAUCAUGCCUUACUAUAUACAAAGGCUCUAUAAUACCUGUAAGGCAUCAUUCUCACCUAAUGGCCCGGCAUCAGAAGAAGCACUUGAAAAAGUUCGCAAUAUGUUAGGUAAUUUGUUUGUUGGAAUAAUUUCAGUUUCCCCAACUGCAUCUGUUUGCUCCUUAUAUUAUAUCUUACAUUGAACUUAUGCGUCAUGGAUCGGAAUGGAUGAAUGAUUGUUUGAGUGAGAAAAGUUGCUAUUGUGGCAGUUAUACAUUUGAGAUGCUGGAUGUUCUUAUCUACAAAUACAAUUGCUUGGUCCUAGAGUGGUAGGAAAAGUCUGAGGCUUCAGUUGCAUUAACUCAUGUUAAAACAUCAAUGAAGCUUCUGGACUGGCCAUUUUCUGUUUCUAAUAUUGUUUGAUAAUCUAUCUUCUAAGACCUCCAAUCCAUGCUCCCGAUGAGCCAACCCUUUGAGGUUUUUCUUUCUGCUUUUAUGUUGAUGACCCUUGGUUAAAUUAUAAUGCUAGUUCUUUAUUUCCAGACAUGUUUAUCCUGACAAUUGACAACUGCUGUUCUAUGUAUUCUUCUUUAUGUGCGUUGGUCAUUUACCUUCUGCUUGGUUGGGUUGUUAUCUUAUCUGAUAUUGAAGUAGUUUGAUAGACUUCUUAUCCUGCUGCUUUCUCUACUCACUUUCAUGUUACAUACUCAUAUUGUGCCUGGUUAAGAAGAGUCUGCAAAGCUACAUCUAGUAAUUUAGAAGGGAAUUCCUUUUUUAACUUGUGUAGUCAGAUUUAGGUUUCUUCUCUUUAAAACUACACUUCUGACUAUAUGAUGACAUCAUGAAAGGGUGCAUUUAGGUCAGGUUGAUUAAGGGGUUGGGAUCAUAAUCAGAAUUAGUGACUGUUCGCUUAAAACAAGGAGAGCCAAUAUGUGAAUAGAUUCACCAUUUCUAAUGGAUGAUUCGUUCGUUUCUAACCCCAUAAAAGUGCUUUAAACUA